AUGAGUCGACAGUGCUACACCUCCAGCUCCCUGCUGGGCAGGAGAGGCUUCUCCUCCGCCUCUGCCGUCUGUGCCCUGGGCAGGGGCACCGCCAGCUCGGCCUCCGUCUGCCAGCCGGUGGGGCGGAGGUGCGGGCUCGGGGGGGGCUUCAGCAGCCGCAGCGUCUGUGACCUGGGCAGGGGGCAAAGGAUUUCCUUCGGGGGCAGCUGCCGGGGAGGCGGCGGAGGAGUCGUUUACGGCGGGGCCGGGCGCUGCGGUCUGGCCUAUGGAGGAGGUCGUUUCGGCGUGGGCACCGUCGUGGGCUUCGGGAGCUGCGGAGGCUACGGAGGGCUGGGCGGCUACAGAGGGCUCGGGGACGGCGUGGCCGUGGGAGGCUACGGAGGCGGCGUGGGGAUGGGCGUCGGAGGGAGAUCCGAAGGGAUCCGGGGAGUCAGCAUCCACCCGGAGCUCCUCAAGCCUCUCUGCGUGGGGGUGGACCCCGAGGAGUGCCAAGUGAGGACCCACGAGAAGGAGCAGAUCAAGAACCUCAACAACCAGUUUGCCUGCUUCAUCGACAAGGUGCGGCUGCUGGAGCAGCAGAACAAAGUGCUGACCACCAAGUGGGAGCUGCUGCAGCAGUAUGUCCUGCCAGCUUCCAGGAGGAACCUGGAGCCUGUCUUUGAGAACUUCAUCUGCAACCUGAGGAAGCAGCUGGAGUGUGUGCUGGGGGAGAGAGAGAGGCUGGAGAAUGAGGAACGUUGCCUCAGGGACCUGGUUCAAGAGUUCAAGUGCAAAUAUGAGGAUGAGAUCAACAAGCGCACAGCUGCUGAGAACGAGUUUGUGGUCCUCAAGAAGGAUGUGGACUGCCUCUACCUGACCAAGGAGGAGCUGGAGGUGAGGGUUGGACUCCUCAGGCAGCAGCUGGAGUUCUUGAAGUGCAUCUAUGCUGAGGAGAGAGCUCAGCUGGACUGCCAGCUGUGUGACACCUCUGUCAUCGUGCAAAUGGACAACAGCAGGGACCUGGACAUGGAAGGCAUCAUCAAAAGUGUUGAGUGCUGCUAUGAGGAGAUUGCCCAGAAGAGCAAGGCUGAGGUGGAGGCCUUCUACCAAACCAGGCUGGAGGAGCUCCACAGCAGCAGGGGCAAGUUCUGUGAUGACCUGAGGAACAACCAGAGCGAGAUAGCUGAGCUGAACAGGAUGAUCCAGAAGCUGCAGUGCGAGUCAGACAACGUCAAGAAACAGAUCUCAGCUCUGCAGACAGCCAUCUGCGACGCGGAGCAGCGCGGGGACUGUGCCCUCAAGGACGCCAGGCAGAAGCUGAUCGACCUGCAGACUGCCCUGCAGCAAGCCAAGGACAAGAUGGCAUGUCUGCUGAGGGACUACCAGGAGCUGCUCAACGUCAAGCUGGCCCUGGACAUCGAGAUUGCCACGUACAGGACACUGCUGGAAGGAGAGGAGAGCAGGAUAUGCACCGGCAACCCUGUCAGCGUAGCUGUGGUCAGCGGCGGAGGCACCGUCGGGGAGUGCCGGUCCCUGUCUGGAAUAGGAGGCAAAUGCUCCGUCAAGACCGGAGGGGCUGCUGCAGGGCUGGGGGUGGUCUCCUCCUUCGGCGUGGGCGGCGCUGGCUUCAGCACCCGCAGCGUGGAUUGCCUGCCCAGGGUGGGGGCAGGGUUCGGGGCCAGGAGCGCCGUCAGCUGCGUGGGGCGAGAGGUGCUGACGGCCGAGGGGGGGCUGCAGUGCGCCCCCGCCGUGGGCACCUUGGGCAAUGUGAUGUGCGCGGGGGUGGAGCAGUGCAGCCCGGGGGCUGUCAUCAUCCCCGGCGCGGGGGUGUGCGGCGCUGGCAGCAGGUACAGCACAGCCGUGCGGGUGGUCAGGACAACUCGGUAG